AUGUCCUUAAACUACAUCAAGAACUUCUACGAGGGAUGCCUCAGGCCUCCGACCGUCAUCGGCCAGUUCCACACCUUGUUCUUUGGCUCGGUGCGGAUGUUCUUCCUGGGAGUUCUGGGCUUCGCCGUGUACGGGAAUGAAGCGCUGCACUUCAGCUGCGACCCCGAUCGCAGAGAGCUCAACUUGUACUGCUACAACCAGUUCCGACCCAUAACCCCUCAGGUGUUCUGGGCGCUGCAGCUGGUGACAGUGCUGGUCCCGGGCGCCGUCUUUCACCUCUACGCGGCCUGCAAGAACAUCGACCAGGAGGAGAUCCUGGAGCGACCCAUCUAUACCGUCUUCUACAUUAUCUCCGUUCUCUUGCGAAUCAUUUUGGAAGUCAUCGCCUUCUGGCUGCAGAGUCACCUCUUUGGCUUCCAGGUACACCCGCUCUACAUGUGCGACGCCAGCGCCCUGGAAAAGACCUUCAACGUAACCAAGUGCAUGGUGCCCGAACACUUUGAGAAGACCAUUUUCCUGAGCGCCAUGUACACCUUCACCGUCAUCACCAUCCUCCUCUGCAUCGCCGAGAUCUUCGAAAUCCUCUGCAGGCGGCUGGGCUAUCUCAACAACCAAUGA